AGCCUCUAUUUGAAAUGUAAAUUGUAAAUGGUAGGCAAGGAACUGAUGAAACUGGUUAUUUCGUAUAAAGUAAGUGCAAAAAGUAAAAUCUGAUUAUUAACAAAGUACUAAUGGAAGAGAGCAGUAAGCCACAAGUUCUUUUGAUUACAUGUUCUUCAGAUAGAGAUACAGACUUUCUUGUUGAAGGGUUGAUAUUUUCUGAAAAAGAUGACUGCUCUAACAACGAACCCGUAGAAAAAGUUCAAGAGAAUGAAAUAUUUUCAGAGUACAGUUGGACCCUUGAAAAUAAAUAUUACACCGCAGAUUUAAGUCUUAUUUCUAUGAGAGUGUUUGAACCAACAUCAGAUAUAUGGGAAGUGGUGUGUGGCGCUGAAGCCAUAGUCUUAGCCUUUGAGAUUGAAGAUGAAAUGUCGUUUGACAGGGCAAAGGACUGGGCUAAAUUCCUUGAAGACGGGGAUAUUGAUAUCAAGUUAUUAGUAGCCAAAGAGAAAAAGUUUAUCGAAGCUUUGAGUGGCAGGAAAGAAAGAAUCACUAAGUGGUGCUUGGACAAUUUCUUUGAACUGGUUGAGUUAUACCAAAAUGACGACAAAUUGGAUGAUAUUCCAGAGAAAUUUGGUUUUGAAAGAGUAAAGGAGGCACUGGGUACACAUAUGUGGCCAAAUAUGGUAAGGCAUGGUGAUAAAGCAGUCAGCAAGCAAACAAGUAAAGAGAAUAAAGACAUUGGCUGUGAUACAGUUGUCACAAAUGAAACAAAAAAUGUUCAUUGCACAGAAGAGGACCCUCUGCAUAAUGGAACUGAUACAGAACUGCAGAAUUUUGAAGAAAUAUUUGGAAAACUUCAUGAAAUGAAACUGCAUGCACAGUCACUUUCUGAUGAAAAAAGAAAAGAGUAUGCUGAACAGGUUACUAUUGCAUUUUGGAAGGCAAUGGGACAAGAUGAUGAUGAGAUUGAGGGGUUAUAAAUAUGAAUAUGAUCAAUUUUCUAUCCUAAUUAAUUUUGAUUUUGAUUUAGAAAUUAUCACAAUGAAUUAAAACUGAUUACAAACUCUGUUAUAAUAAAAGGUUGAAUCACCUUAUUUGAAUGAAUUACUUGACUUACUUGACUUAAUUCGAGUUUCCUCGAACAUCUUUAACCAGUUUCUUCCUUUCAUCUCUGUUUUCCAUCACACAUUUGAAGUUGGUGCAAUCCAGUCCAGUAUCAUUUAACAGUUGGUCCAUAUAGGUGAUACAGGGUCUUCCUGGUUUCUGCUGGCCGUGUGUUGGUUGCCAGAGAAGCAGUUUGAAGAUCAGUUCAUCUUUUCUUCUCCAACAAUGUCAGACAAAACGUAAUCGCCUCUCUUGUAACACAGUUGACACUUUUGAGAGAUUUCCAUACAAUUCCUUGUUAGUCUUGUGGUCUUUCCAUGACAACCCAAGAACAGAUCUCAGCAUUUUCGUGAAAGUACCAUCAAGACGAUCUCUCAUUUUUUUGUUCAUCAUCCAGGUUUCGGUGCCAUACAACAACACACUUUCAACAGUUGACUGGAAGAACUUUAUCUUGAGAUCAUCAUUUAAAUUUGAAUCCCAGAUUUUAUUCAUCUUGUUUAAAGCAUUUCAGGCUUAUUUGAAUAUGUCUCUGAAAAAUGUUUCAUGUAAUUGUCAGGUAGAAUAAAACACACUUUCUCUGCAUUCACCUUGGGCAACACUAGAAAUCAGAUUAGUCAAGUGUUCCUAUUCAUUACGUUCGUUUGCAAGGUGUCUUGGGAUGUUAAGAAUAAAACACCCAUCUCUCAGUUUUAAAGGUAUCAUCUUAUUUUCAGUCCAUAAGUAUUUCAGGCAAGACAUUUUUUUGAAUAUCACAUUUUUUUUAAAUUUUAUCAUAAUUGUUGAAAAAAAUUCAUAACAAUCUGGUGAUGGUCAGGUUUCAGCAAUAAAAGUAAACUGGUUUUUAAAUUCACCCAUGGGUCCUAUCUCAGUCAGGUUGCAACAGACUU